GCGGCGGGACGGAGACAGUUUCAAAGGCAAGUGGCUUGGUUGCUGCGCCUGCGGCGGGAUGAAGCUGCACUGCGAGGUGGAGGUGGUCAGCCGGCACUUACCAACCUUGGGGCUGAGGAACAGGGGCAAGGGCAUCCGGACCGUGUUGAGCCUUUGUCAGCAGUCGCCCAGGAGUCAGCUGCGGCCCGCCUGCCUGCUCAUCUCCACCAUGAAGGACAAGCGCGGGACCCGCUACGAGCUAAAGGAGAACAUUGAGCAGUUCUUCACCAAAUUUGUGGAUGAAGGGAAAGCCACUGUCCGGUUAAAGGAACCGCCUGUGGAUAUCUGUAUAAGUAAGGCCAAUUCCAGCAGUUUAAAGGGUUUCCUUUCAGCUGUGAGACUGGCUCAUCGAGGCUGUGAUGUUAACACACCACUAUCAACAUUCACACCAGUGAAGACUUCAGAAUUUGAAAAUUUUAAAACCAAAAUGGUCAUCACAUCCAAGAACAACUAUCCUCUAAACAAGAGUUUUCCAUAUUCUCUGGAACAUCUUCAGGCUUCUUAUUGUGGGCUUGUCCGAGUUGAUACACGUAUGCUUUACUUGAAAAACCUUAAGAAAUUAGACUUGAGUCACAAUCAUAUAAAAAAGCUUCCAGCUAUAAUUGGAGACCUCAUACAUCUUCAAGAACUUAACCUAAAUGACAAUCACUUGCAGUCAUUUAGUGUGGCUUUGUGUCAGUCUACACUCCAGAAGUCACUUCGAAGUUUGGAUCUCAGCAAGAACAAAAUUAAGGCACUCCCUGUGCAGUUUUGCCAGCUCCAAGAACUUACAGAUUUAAAACUUGAUGAUAAUGAAUUGAUUCAGUUUCCUUUCAAGAUAGGCCAAUUAAAAAACCUUCGUUUUUUGUCAGCAGCUCGAAAUAAGCUUCCAUUUUUGCCUAGUGAAUUUAAAAGUUUAUCCCUUGAGUACUUAGAUCUUUUUGGAAAUACUUUUGAACAACCAAAAGUCCUUCCAAUUAUAAAGCUGCAAAUGCCAUUAACUUUACUGGAAUCUUCUGCAAGAACCGUACUAUAUAAUAGGCUUCCAUAUGGCUCUCAUAUCAUUCCUUUCCAUCUUUGUCAAGAUUUGGAUACUGCAAAAACCUGUGUUUGUGGAAGAUUUUGUCUAAAUUCUUUUAUUCAAGCAACUACCACCAUGAAUCUACACUGUGUUGCUCACACUGUGGUCUUAGUAGAUAAUAUGGGUGGAACUGAAGCACCUAUUAUCUCCUACUAUUGUUCUCUAGCCUGUUUUGUAAAUUCCUCUGAUAUGUUAAAGUAAUUGGUGAUACCAGAAAAAUUUGUUUAGUUACAGAUCAGUUUUGGAUUUAUGAUUUAACUGUCAAAUCAUAAGGGAAGCUUUUGUAUACUUGCUUGUAAAGAGGACUGUGUAUUCUAACAUCAUUUGAUUCUAUUUCAUUGAAACCAAAUUUAG